CCCGCGCCAAACGAAGGCCGUCAUCGGACGCCUUCGCACGUCGGUGGCGAUGGACGCGGGUGGCGUCGGCGGGGCUGGCGACGGCUGCUUCGAGAAGAUGGAGACGGAAGAGGAGAGGACCGAGCUUUUGAGGGAUCGAUUCCGCCUCUCCGUUAUCUCUAUUGCCGACGCCGAGGCUAAGAAGCUCGGAAUGCAGGUCGCGGAACCGGUGGUUGCGUGCAUCGCUGACCUAGCUUUCAAAUUUACGGAACAGUUGGCAAAAGAUGUAGAGCUGUUUGCAUAUCAUGCUGGUCGCAAAUCUGUGAAUGUGAAAGAUGUUACACUAUCAGCACAUAGGAACGACCAUUUGACAAGCUUGCUGAGGUCAUUUUCUCAAGAAUUGAGAGACAAAGAACCCAAGACUGAAAGGAAAAGGAAGAAAUCCUCCGAAAAGGGUGAGACAUCGGUACCCAGUUGAUGGUUACAUUGGCAGAGAUGGCGAUGCCUACGUAGACAUUAGUAGCUUAAAAUGAACGGAACCGAGUUAAACACAUUGUCUUGUUAGCAAUAUCGAGAAACACACUUGUGUAAAUUCCUGUGUCAUCUGAAACUUGAGAGUCCAUCCUGUUUAUAACCCGAAAAAUUAUUGUUUCCUUUUCGAUGAGU